CAAGACAUGUACUGUUCAAUCAAAGACUAAAAUGGAUAUUCUCAAUCCAAUCAACCCUGCAAAAUGACAAACAUUCCUUUCACUGUGUGCCUCGUGAUGGAUGAGCGGCGGGGUGUCCCCUUGACCUCUGACGUGGUUCACCAUGCCUAAGAGACUGAACCAAUGUUAGCCAAAUUUGUUUUUGUUGAAUUCCCCCCUGACCAAUUUCCUCUCUCAAACCCUGAGUGGGCUGACCGGGUUAUAAAACCUGAAAGGGUUCAACCGGAGCCCACUAAAGAUCUUGAGGACGCCUGCGAGAAACUUCUCAAGGGUGAUCCUGUGACCGGGAAACCUUAUGCCUAUGGGGGCUGGGUAUUCCGGCUAGCUAACCCGGAUGGGGGUGCGUCUGCGACCCAUGACGCUGAGGAUAACCGGGCUGAUUCCCCGGAUGGUCACGCUGAGGCCGGCUCUCCUCAUCCAGACAUGAACUUCAACAGGAUGACCACCAUCAUUGAGGAUGACGACGAUGAUGUCCAAGUCCUCCACUCCAACCGGUCUCCUCUCUCCAACUCUCCUUCUCCUCCUAACUUCCCUGGAAUGGAUGGGGCCACAAGUGCCCGGUGUAGCCCUAUCCAUGAACAGAGCCAAAAACCGAACUCUCCUCCAACCACCCAUCUCUUUGAAAGUGAUCGGGUUCCUCAUCCCAAGAAGGAUGUCAAAGCCAAAGGGAAGGGGACCGGUCAUUCUUCUUCUCAGAAAAGGAAGAGUUCCCACAAGACUUCCAGGGGGAAAAGGAGGAAGAAGGUCAAGCUAUCAGAUCUAGAAGGGGAGUCCAUUGAAGUGACCUUUUUAUCCCUGGCCCAGAAACUCAGCAAGGUUGGAGUUCUAUCCGAAGAAGUUGGCUGGUCACUCCUGGAGUCCAAGGACCAGGUCUCCGAACUUACCCUCCUUCUUGAUUCUGCCAAGUCGGAGAUCAAUGACCGGGCCGAGAGGGAGAAGAGACUUGAAGAGGAGCUGAAGGAAGAGAGGGCUAGGCUAGACGAGGAAAGAGCCAAGCUGGCGGAGGAGAAGAGAAAGGUGGCUGAGCUAGAAGAAGCUUUGGGACAGGCUGAAGAAUCUGCCCGGGCAAAGGAGCAGUCUUUUCCUGAUGAUGCUGCAACUUGGGCCGCUUGCCAUCACACUGAAGUUGCCCGGUCCGUUCUCACCAAGCCAGAGGAUACCAUGGACUUUUUCAAGACCAUGUACAAAGAACCGGAGGGCAUGAGGAUGAUAACUGAGAUCAGGUCAUACGGCUUCCAGUGUGGCCAGAAGGAUGAGAGGUCCCUUCUCUAUGCCAGGCUCCAGAAGAGGGACCCUUCGUUUGACCCGGUCAAGAUGAAGCUUCCUCCUUUGUACAAGGAAGAGCCAGCCCCCCUUUCCCUUUGCAGUAGGUUAGGGUAUUUUCUAUGAAAAAAAUUCUGAAUUUUCUUAAGGCCUGGGGGAUGUCCCGCCUACUUAUGAUUUUUAUGAGAUUUAAAUCUUCUUGGCAUGCUCUUGAAUUUUACCGGUCGAUCUGCUUCAAUUUGCAUGGUUGAACUUCUUUUCUAUGCAUGGUUGUUGUCUCUUGCAUGAUAGCUUUUCUUUUCUUUGUGUUGAUUGCCUUUGAAUGAACUUCCAAGUCAAUA